AUGUUGGCCGCUCUAAAAGCUGCUGCUGCGAGCAGUCAACAGAAUGAUGGACUGCAAAGGGACAAAUCACCGGCGCCCGCCGCCCCGAAGCCCAGCAGUGAGUCCACUGCGACAGGUGCAACCGGUGAGAAAAGUGAUAAACCCGCAAGACCGUCGAUAAGUUUGUUUGGCAAGAAGACGUCCAUGUGGAACACACUGCAUAAGAUGAUAGCAAAAGAAAAAGCCGCGCCCGCACAGAAAAAGUAUGAGAAUACCUACAAAAUGAAACCAGAUCCAGGCAGCGAGUUCCGAUCUCAUUUAGUUCGCCAGACCAUCGAGGACAUACUGUGCACCAGGCUAGAGGGGGAGAAAUAUGACCCCAAAAAAGCGGCACAACUGGCACGAAACCUGUCUGACGUCAUAAAAACCAGAGUGAAGAAAUUACACAUCCCUCGCCAUAAAAUAGUCGCACAUGUGAUCGUCGGGUCGUGCCAGGACCAAGGUUUGAAAUUGGGAAGCAGGUGCGUAUGGGACGAGAAAACAGACAACUUCGCGUCGGGUUCUUUUAAAAAUGGUUCGAUAUUCUGCGCAGCAACAGUUUAUGGGAUAUAUGUUGAAUAA